CUUCCCAGAGCAGACCACCGCGAGCAAGCAGCCAAAGCAGAGCAAGAAGCCGCAGCCAGCCAGCCAGUCUCCUCCUCGGGCGGGAGGGAAGAGAGAGAGGGAGACAGCGACCGGGCGAGAGGCGGCGGAGGCUCCGAGGAGCAAGCGGCCGGCAGCGUUGGCCCGGGAAAGGGACGGGGCCGGAGGAGGUUGGCUGAUCGGUUGGAGGGAGGGAGGGGAUGGCGGCGCGGGCGCGGCGGGCGGCGGCGUGGGAGCAGGGCGGCGACGAGUACGACUACCUGUUCAAGGUGGUGCUGAUCGGCGACUCCGGCGUGGGCAAGUCCAACCUCCUCUCCCGCUUCACCAAGAACACCUUCUCCCUCGACUCCAAGUCCACCAUCGGCGUCGAGUUCGCCACCCGCACCACACAGGUGGAAGGGAAGACGAUAAAGGCGCAGAUAUGGGACACGGCGGGGCAGGAGCGGUACCGGGCGAUCACGAGCGCCUACUACCGGGGCGCCGUGGGGGCGCUGCUGGUCUACGACGUCACCAAGGCCGCCACCUUCGACAACGUCAAGCGGUGGCUCAAGGAGCUCCGCGACCACGCCGACUCCAACAUCGUCAUCAUGCUCAUCGGCAACAAGACCGACCUCCGCCACCUCCGCUCCGUCGCCACCGACAAGGCGGCCGGCUUCGCCGAGUGGGAAGCCCUGUCCUUCAUCGAGACCUCCGCGCUCGACGCCACCAACGUCGACAAGGCCUUCCAGACCGUCCUCGCCGAGAUCUACCGGGUCGUCAGCAAGAAGGCGCUGUCGUCGACGGACGAUUCCGGCGCCGGCGCCGUCGGGGAGGGGCAGUCCAUCCUGGUGUCCGGCGGAGAACCCGCCAGCGUUUCGUCGAGGUGCUGCUCUUUCUAGCGGGAGUCGCCGAUGUCACCGUGUUAAGUUAUAAUGCCUCUGAAAGUUUGCUGAAUUGUUGGGAUACUGCUCGUGCUGAAACUGCUGCAGAGUUCAUCUCUGAACUACUAUUCGAUAAGAGUUUCAUCUAGUUGUUAGUCUGUCAGCCGUGUGGUGAGGUUCAGGUUUGCCCUGGCCUUGGAAAGAAUCCAUCGGUUUGCUAGUGUUUCUGAAAGUCCUUUGCGUUGAAAUGUUGUGUAUUGCGUUCUCCUUUCAUCUCAGUAUUCAUCUGUCA